AUUCGAACUCUUGAUUUUGUUAGUUUUUCGCAAAGCUUUCAACUCGGCCAAAGCCCCCUGGUCAACUCGGUCCAAACCUCUGGCCAACUUGCCCUGACCCAGGUUCAUAUGGCGCAGUCAACACGGCCCAAAUGCCUUUUCAACUCGACCCUAACCCCUGGUCAACUUGGUCAAAACCUUGGUUAAUUUGGCCCAAAAUGCCUUUUCAACUCGACUCAAAUGCCCUUUCAACUCGGGCUAAAGGCCUUUUCAACUCGGGCUAAAGGCCUUUUCAACUCGGCCCAAAUGCCUUUUCAACUCGACCCAAAUGCCUUUUCAACUCGGCCCAAAUGCCUUUUCACCCGGCCCAUCAACAACGCGUCUAGUUCCGAUCGGAACUAGACAAGAACCAAUUGCAAAAUGGCACCAUCGACUUCGAGGAGUUUGUCACGGCAUGUCUGGGGUGUCGGUGGAAGGCACCACACAUUCCUACUCGGAAGAAGAGAAAACAGCCUUCGUAGACUGGAUCAACAGUAACCUGGCCGAUGAUGCGGACUGUAAGCCCUACUUGGACAUCGAUGUCAACACAGACGAGCUGUGGACCAAAAUCCAAGACGGCAUUCUUCUUUGCAAAAUGAUCAACCUGUCGUGCCCGGACACCAUCGACGAGUGUGCAAUCAACAAGACCAACCUGAACCAGUACAAGAUCACAGAUAACCUGAGCUUGGCCCUGAACUCUGCCAGCGCCAUCGGCUGUAACAUCGUGAACAUCGGAGCAGUGGACCUGCAGGAGGGCAAGCCUCACCUGGUGCUGGGUCUGCUGUGGCAGAUCAUCAGGAUCGGACUGUUCGCUCAGAUCGACCUGCAGCACAACCCAGGACUUUUGCAGCUGCUCAUGGACGGGGAGGCUAUGGAAGACUUACUGAAGCUGUCCCCAGAGGAACUGUUACUGCGCUGGGUCAACUAUCACCUGGAAAAGGCAGGGCACAACAAGAGGAUCACCAACUUUGGAGCUGACAUUAAGGACUCGGAGGCGUACACGUAUCUGCUGAAUCAAAUUGCCCCUCCUGACAGAGGAGUUGACCUUGGACCUCUGAACGAGAAUGACCCAGAACAGCGUGCAGAACUCAUGCUGAAGAAUGCAGACAAGCUGGACUGCAGGGCCUUUGUGGCACCUAAGGAUGUUGUUCGGGGGAACUCCAAGCUGAACACAGCCUUUGUUGCCAACCUGUUGAACACUUGGCCAGCUCUGGACCUGCCAGAGGAUAUGCCUGACAUUGAAUUCGAAGGACUGGAGGAGACACGUGAAGAGAAGACAUUCCGUAACUGGAUGAACAGUUUAGGGGUCAGCCCAUAUGUCAAUCAUCUCUACAGUGACUUGAUGGACGGUCUCAUCCUGCUCCAGACAUACGACAAGGUAAAGCCAGGAGUUGUUGACUGGGGCAGGGUCUACAAGAAGUUCAAAGCUGGAGGAAACAUGAAGAAGAUAGAAAACUGUAACUAUGCUGUUGAGCUGGGCAAGGACAUGAAGUUCUCUCUGGUUGGUGUCGGUGGCAAGGACAUCUUUGAUCGCAAUAAGACUUUGACACUGGCGUUGGUUUGGCAGGUGAUGCGUGCCUACACCCUGGCCCUGCUGCAGAACCUUAAGGGGUAGGAGGGACCAAGUGAAGACGAAGAGAUUGUUGACUGUGUUAACACCACUCUACAAGAGGCUGGGAAGGAGACGUCUCUCAGCAGCUUCCAGGACCCUGAGAUCAUCAGCAGCAGGGUGGUGCUGGACCUUAUCGACGCCAUCAAGCCGGGUUCUAUCAACUACACCAACGUGCGCGACGGCACCAACCCCGACGAGAGGUUGUCCAACGCCAAGUACGCCAUCUCCAUGGCCAGAAAGAUCGGUGCACGUGUGUACGCCCUGCCGGAAGACCUGGUGGAAGUCAAGCCAAAGAUGGUGCUAACAGUGUUCGCAUGUCUCAUGGGGAGGGGGCUGAAGAAGGUUUAGAAUGGAAACACUCUGGAGGUGUUAACAGUGUUCGCUUGUCUCAUGGGGAGGGGGCUGAAGAAGGUUUAGAAUGGAAACACUCUGGAGGUGUUAAGUGUUCGCUUGUCUCAUGGGGAGGGGGCUGAAGAAGGUUUAAAAUGGAAACACUCUGGAGGUGUUAACAGGUCAGUUGUCUUUUUCAAACAUGCAUCCUCAGUCUGGAUGUACAGAAGUGGACUAAAGUGAACUUUGUUCUAAUUCAUGUGCAUUUGCUCUGCCCUGAUAUAUAUGUUUUUGUACUAGACUCUGGCUGGCUUACACACGUUUUAGACUUCUCAAGUUGACAUGGCCAGAGUCAACUUAGGAGCACUCUGUUCACACAUGGCCACCAAAUGAUUUGUGACAGCGGCAAUUUUGACUCUGUUGUUCCUCGCUGACUCUAGUUGGUUUGAUGACACGCUGAGUUUCUGUAGUAGUCAAUGAUCUAUCAAUGCCUUAAUAUCCAUGUCUCAGCUGACCAACUUGCACAACAUGUUUACCGAAAGUAACAAAACGAUGAAAUUGGCCCUUGAGUGACAUGAGCUGGCCUCUCUGAUUGGUGCAUUGAGGAGUCGACUCCUUGGAUUUACACACUCAAUAAUUACUGUAAUUCCUGAUUUUUUUCAAUGUACUUUUAUGUUCACGGUUUUCACGGUGACCACUGUAACGUGAACUUAUUACUGAUAACAAAUGAUUUGUUUUGGUGACGAUAACAAAUAAUUUGUGCACCGUGAACAUUUAAGUGAGCGACUGGGGUCACUUUUCAAAGUCACCCAAGUCGACUCCAGAGAAAGGGUAUUAGAGUACCCUAAAGUUCUGCAUAUAUAGUCCCUUAGUCCUGUCAUUUUACGACGUGUGUGUACACCCAGCCGAAGUCAUGAAUCUGAUAUCCGGGGUGAUUAUAAUAGAGGUUUGAUUUGCAUAAAGGCUUCCACUCAAUGGUACUAGAUAUGAACUUUGAAAAUGAAAAGUCAAAUGUCCCUUUGAAUACUAGAAUAAUUUAAUGCCUUUGUAGGGGAAUGUCUUGUUGAUUACCUGAACGUUUUUAGAGUGCACAGUCUACUGUUUUACAGCCAUGUAUAUUUUAAUGUCAGGAACAUGUAGGUAAAGUUAUUUAGUGGUAGGUAGUAGUCUAGUAAGAGUCUUUCCAAAUCUUCCUGGGUCAAGUUUAGUUUCCUUUUAAUGGCACAUAAAUGGUUUAUAAAUUCUCAUAUAUUAAAGUGUUGAUCAUUAACUUGAUGUACUUCUUAAUGUACUGUAUUGUAUGGUAACCAUAAUUGUUUUGAAAGUAACAAUAGAUAACACUACAAAUGCUAUCUCUACAGAGAAAGUGAAAUGUACCUUUAUAUACACAUUCCAGCUUUGUAGGUUGGAGGUGAAGUGAAAGUGCCUUGAAGUUCCCUCUUCAUGCAGAUUCUGCUUACGAGUCAUUCUUGCAUCAUACAGUUUUCAGUAGAGCGAGUACUGCCAUUUAUAGCAUAAUGAAAUUGAAUGUGUGGUUUUACAGUAUCAGUUUCAUCUGUAUGUGUUUAAUGAAAUGACCUACAGCAUAAAAUGUAUGGUUAUGGUUUAAUGUUUUUAAUGCGUCUUGAGCAUGACUGUCUCUAGCAUUGAAUUUUUCUUUGUCCCAAUCAUACUGUAAAUGCAUUUAAUUUCGUGAUGGUUUUAAGAUCGCUGUAGCACCAUGCACUGUAGUCCCUUACUGCUAUGGAAAAAUGUAUGCAGCGGUUUUAAGUACGCAGUGAAGCGGCCACUGAGUAAACAGCGAACGUUAAACCACCGCAAAAGUUUCUGUAUUUGCAGUACUCAUUGUUAUGAGCCCAUGUUUUUUGUUUUAAUUUUCUAUGUUGAAUGGGCAUUUCAUUAAGUUACAUAGAUCCAUUUUCAUCAUUGUCAGGUGUUUUGGCAGGUGAAACUUUUACAAGUUUCUGUCAAAACGGAGUGACGAGUACUAGAGACAGCCCUGGUCUAGAGUAUACAUCAUUAGGUAGUUUAGGUAUUGACAAAAAUGCCUGCCUUUGAAAACAGAUAUAUAUAGAGAUGCAUCAACUGUAACAAAAAUUAACUGUAUCAUGCAUUUAGAUGCUAAUUGCCAUAACUGUGCGCCAAUAUAAUGUAUAAGAUUCCACAAUCUGGUUCAUAAAACAUUCUGUAACGUUACCUUACCGUUGCAUUCAAAAAACAUUCCUAACAUACAUCACUUUCAUGAAUUGCUUGCAUAUGGAAUCAGGCCAUCUUACGAGUAUAUACUGUGAGUAACAAAUAUUCAUUAUUGUGAUUGCUUAGAAGUGUUUUUUUAUUACUUUUGAAUAAGAAAUAGUCUGUUUG